AUGGCAGUCCGUCGACGUGGAGCAGAACAUACAGUUCGAUAUGCAUGUCUUAUCCAAAUGUUUAAAAACGCAUUGCGUGAAAUGGUGAACGAUGUACUUAAUGAUCUAGUUACACGUGAUUUAUUAUACUGUGGUGAUGGUGAAAGAAUAUUCUUUGAAACGAAACGUUCAUCAAUGGUGAAAACUUAUUUAAAAUUUAUACCAACUACUGAGGAUGAACCACGAUUUCGCGACAGUCUUUUAGAGUUAUAUAAUAUACAAUAUGAAGAUUAUAUAAAACAAUUUGAUCAAGCUUCAUUAUUACCAGCAAAAAGCUCUUUAACACCUUUUGGCCGUGAUUAUAUUCGGAAACCACAAUACGCACCUAUCAUGAAUAAAAAAUAUUGUUUUGUAACACCAGACAAGCAAUUGAAUACAUCAAAUGAUGAGACUGAUGUUGCUCGUGAAGAAACACAAUUAAAUCGACAAGAUAAUGACUUACGUUCUUUACCAUUAGUAGAUGUCAAUCAUCAUGAUCAGCAUGAACUUUUAACAUGUAAUGCCGAUAAAACAAUACAACAUUCAUCAAUUCUUGGCGCCAAUCAAUGUAUUCAAACUACAAAAGCAACGGAUCAUAUCUUGACAAUCCAAGAAAAUGUCGUAAAAGAUAUUAAUGAUAUACAAAACCGAAAUUUAUUGUUGUCGUCAGCGGUCGCUAUACCGAGAAUAAGCACGACUCCUAAAACUUGUGCUAUUGCAACCGAACAAGAUGAAAACUCAGUUCUCUUGAAAAAAGAUGAAUUUUAUGCUCUUCAAAAUCAACCAACAGUAUCAGAUGAUUGUGAUCAAACAACCCUUGAAAAUGUUGAUCUGAAUACUUGGCAUGAUCGUCCAUUGAAUGUUACUACACCAGAGGAUGUAAAUAAUGACCACGAUGAUAUACUAACAAAAAAUUCAGAACUAGAUGGUAUUACAGAUGAUCUAAAACAAUCUAGUAGUGAAGCAGCAGGACAACUGGAUAAAAUUCUGGAAGCAACUCAAAAUGAUCAAGAGAAAAUAGUAGGUAAAACAAUGGAUAUAAAUAAGAAAAUACUUGCUGGAAAAGCUUUACUAAUUCCAUCCAUUGUACUAACAAAAGGAUUGAUUGGAUUACACAUAAGAGCACCAGCAAAAGAUAUCAAUGAUGCAUUAGAGUAUCUUGUAGCCGAAGAAUUAUUGAAAAAAGACAAGUAUCUUCAAGCCAGAAACCAUCCAAUUGAAUCAUAUUUGAAAUGUCUUCCGAAAGAUUUUGAUAACAUAUCAAAUAAAUAUUUAUUACAACGAAAAUUAUCAGAACCUCAAGUGACUGUUGAUAAAUAUCUUGAUUCAUUGAAAACAAUAAAAUAUGCAACACUAGUACAAUGCCCAACGAGUAUAUUGAUUAAUGUGUUACAAACACCACCUUAUGAUCAGUUUCAGAUUGAUCUUUCAAGCAAACGUAAAGCAAAUCGUAAUACAAUAAUCAUAGAUUUAUUACGUGAAUGCACAGGUGAAAAAUUAGAACAGUGGACGCCAAUAACAAUCGAACAAUCGUUAAUGGCAAUCAAUGCAUUAGGUUUUCUCAAUCGGGUUGAAGAAAAACUCUUAGAUACAAAGUUAAAUACUUAUUUAACAUCCAAAGGUUGUUCAAAUAUGAUAGUCGAACCAUAUAUUAGAAAAUGUUGUGAUACGAAAUUAAAAAUGAUCAUUGGACGAAAAAUAAUAAUAUUCAAAAUAGAUGGUUCAUAUACCGGUACAUUAACAUAUGGUAAUUGUCUAAAAUGUAUGAAACAAUAUUCACAUAAUUAUUUUAUGUAUCAAGACAAAAAAUACGUUACGUACGAUUCAGUCUUCAGCAGUAACUUAGUCUAUUUGGGUGGUAAUUACGGUUAUGAUAAAAAAUUUAUCAGGUGGUUGUCAAAUUCUAUUUUAUAUUUGUAUAGUGGUUUUGAGAAUUUUGCUAAAUGUUAUAAUGCAACAAACAAUCAAAUUUCUAAAACUGUCGAUACCGCUAAUAUCAAUCUAUGCCCAACUCGAAUACAAGAUUUUUGGUUUUUGUACAACUUUAUAAAUAUAUCAUUCUUUUAUACCGAAUCAACAAUAUUGCAAGUUCCAAGUAACUGCGAUCGACAAAAAUUAGUCGAAUUUAUGAAUACUAAUUAUGACAGAUUAAACAAACAUUUUGUAAACUAUUGGGCUUUACACAAAGAACAUCAUAGUUGCGGAACAACAUGUUCAAUGGCAUUUGUAACAGACGGAUUUCAAAAAUCCAGUCGCUUUAUAUGCGGUAAUAUUAAAAUGGUUGUUCGCAAUAAAGAACUAGGAUAUGUACAAGUUGGGUGUGGUAAUCGCCCAGAAUAUGAAGCAAAACAUAAAAGAAAACAGGAUAAUCAAUGUAAAUCAAUAACAACAUCAACAAAUGGUUCAAAUGACGAUACAACAGAUGCUUUAUGUCGAAGCUGUAAACUAAAUCCGAUAUCACAUGAUGUUGAAGAAGAAAUAAUUACCAACAAUGAAUGCAAUAUUAAUCGAAAUCCACGCUUUCACACGAUGGCAAGUCCUGCAUUACUCACCUUGAUAUCAUUGCUAGCUCUCAAAGUAUUUCCGGUCUCCACUCAACAUGGAACUAGGUGCUACGACUAUUAUGAUAUGCUUCUCUUUCCACGUACACUAACACAUCUUUCUGUUAUCGAACUAGCUCCAAUGAAAGUCAAAGCUAGUUUCUACGUUUCUCAUCUGAAUCAAACCUUCUCUGCUAGUGGCAUGAUAUCUCCACGUGGUUUUAAUAGUAACACAGCACGCGCCGCUUGUCGUUCAUUGGGUCAUACAAAAGCAAGUUUUGUUGCAAAUCUUGAAGUUAAUGAACAUGAAAUGUGCUCUUUUGACUAUAAGAAUAAUGUUGUGGAGUUUCCAUGCCAACUCAUUCUAAACAAGAUGAACUGUACAAAUACCACAGUUGAUCUCAUGCAAUGCACGUUUACACCUGUAUUCAGUUCUGUCUGCAAAAAGAAUCAGUACAUUGGUUUAACUUGCCUCACACCUACUACAACGACAAAGCGUACAACCACGAAAAAGCUUGUGACAGAAACGACGUCAACAACAAUUACUACAGCCGGAACUAGUUUCAAUACAGCAACGUCAAUACAAUCAACAAAUGGAGAUAUUGAAACGGAAGCUUCCAGAAUGAACAGACGACUUUGA